UUUCCAAUGAAUCCUCCUUUUUCCCGUUCCAUAUUCUGCUUCAUUCUCUCUCUUCCUUCUCCAAUGGUUACGUUCCCUUCUCCUCCUCUUUUCCAUGGCUCGAUCCCUACUACCAACUCUAUGUUUGCUUCAGGCCGUCAGAUUCUGACUCUGCUUUUGUCUCACCACCGUGAUAGUGGAGUCGCCACCGAGCUUUCGAUUCCUUCUCCUCCCUGACUCUCAACUCUGCAGAUACCAAUCGAAAUUCUGAUCAGAUUUCGGAUACCAAUAUCCACAUGCCCUGAAUUCACCGGCGACGCCUCCUCCAUGGCUGCUUCACCGCUUGCUUCUCCGUCUGCACCGACCGCGGCUUCCGGAUCCUUAACUGUGAUACGUUUAAAACGGAGAUUUUUCCUGCGUGAUUUGGAUCAUGGGGUGAGGUCGCCGUCGUGGAAAUGCUUUUCAUAUGCAAUAUACUGGCCUUUUUGUAGGCGGAAGAUCAUGAUUUGGGACGAUUCAGUGAAGUUCAUUGCGUUCUCCCUCUCAAGCAUUUGGAAACGGAUUAGAGGCAAAGCAGAUCUUGAUUUUGUUAAAAGGUGGUGCAAGGAUCCAUUUCAGCGAAGGUUCUGUCUAUACCCUCAUCGGUUUUGAAGUAACCCAGAGUAACCCGAAUUUCCGGAUGUCUGAUGCCCCUCUCUCCAUACGGUUCAACACCGGCACUACUUUCGAAAAGCUAACGGAUUCCGUAAGACCAAUACCUACUGAGCUGUUAAGAUUUCAACCUCACGAUCAGUUACAAGCACUUGCAAACAAGAACAAGCAACUUCCUGGAAGGUGCACAGGUCCUCCAAUAAGCGCAGCCUCAAGUUUGGCACCAGGUUCAGAUCUCAAAGUUGAUAACACUUGCAGUGUUGGAGAGGAGACCCCUACAUCUGACGAUUCACUUGCAGGACGUACAUCAUCAGAGAGAGAAGUUGCUUUGGAUGAGAGUGCUCUGAAGAAAGCACAUGGGGAUUGAGUCCAGUAUCUUCCAGUUUUCUUCAAUUCUAUUCCCUUUUAAAAAAAAAAAAAAAAACUCCCAAUGCGGUGUUUGUUGUUUUGCUUACUAAUAAAGCUUCUUUCCAAUUUACUUUAUAUCUCUUCCUGAUUUGCAAAUUAAAACUCAGCGUCCUGGUUG